CAUUAUCCUCUUGACUGCUGUUUGGACUGGAGCCACCCGCAACCACCUCCGAUGAGCCGAUGACUACUUUUUAAAAAAAAUACAUUUUCUGCCUGGAGAGAAGCGUUUUUUGUUUGCAUGCAGAGCCAGUAAAGUUUGACCAUGGAGUGCAGCUACAGUUGCCAGUUCUGCCAGUGCAGAUUUAACAAGCUGUUUCAAUUCAAGAAGCAUAUAAUUACAAAAUCACAUUACCAGAAAUUGAAAGAAGUUUUCCCAAAUGAUGAGAUCAAGAAUGUUGGCGUAGCUGUACCCCACAUCAUUUUUGUGGAUCCAUUAGAAAGGCAUCACAUCAAAUAUUCCAUUGUGGGCUUGUCUGCAGUGACUCUGUGUUUCAGUCCAGAGACAGUGACUUCUUUUUACCUGUGUCACAUCUGUGAAGAGAAGUGUUUGCUUGGUGACAUUUUAAAGCACUUCUCAUCUCUUGAUCAUUACAGCAACUACAUUAACUGCAAGCAUCCUGAUGCAAUGAGUUUCUCCUGGAUCCCCAACAUGGACAUGAGAGAGUUUCUGUCACCUGAAUUUAAAAAUAAAAUAAAUCAAAAAGGGCCUGAGGAGUUGCAGCUGCUGCAUUUACCCAAAAAUCUUCUGGAAAAGCUUAAAUUGAGCACUUACUCUGAAGUGAUGCUCACGCUAAGUGAAAAUGAAAAAUUUCUCCAGCUGUUUCAAGCUUUCAAGUCAGAGAGGUUGACGAUCCAGACAUACCAAAAAGACAGCAACAGGAAACAUCCACUUCUUGGUAUGCAGCACCUUGUUGAGUGCAUUUGUGACGGACCAGAUGAGAAGAGAUACUAUCUCUGCACGCUCUGCAGCCUAACAGUGGGCGCCCAUGUGAUCAUCAAGCACGUCCUGAGCUUUGACCACAUCUUUUGGUAUUUUAAAAUGUGGCAUCCGUCUACACUGUUGUCAAAAGAAUGCUAUAGGGAGUACACCCCUGCCUUUGAAUCCAUGAUUCUUGACUUCUCAAAGCAAGCAGAGGCGAUGCAUGGAACUGCAAUUACUGAUAUGAAGCAAGUGAGCCUGGAGCCCGCUGAAUUCAAGUCAGUAAAUUUCAAAAGCUAUGCAGAAGCUUUGAAGACACUGGAAUCAAUCAAGAAGUGCAGCCUGAAAGCAGCUGUCAAACCAGGGAAGAAGUUGGUUUGUGCUGACAAAAAGCAGCUUGCACCUGCAAUGAAACCUGCAAAGAUGCUGCCAUACAAUCCACGGUGCAAAGUACUUUGUCAGGACUGCAGAAUGACUCUUGAAAACAUCGCCCAUUAUGUCAGACAUCUGUCAAAAGCGAGCCACCAGAAGAUGAUGUGGAAAAUCUUUGACGCUGAAGGAUCUGAAACCUAUAUGAAAGCUCCAUUUUAUCUCAACAUACACUCGUAUGUCAUGGAGGGCUUGAAGAAAAAACAACCAGUCAUUGGCACAGCCUUGAUUGUGUCCUGUAUUACCACUCAAGUUGAAGCAGAGCCUUUUUACUUGUGCUUUGCUUGUCAAGAGUGUGUCUGUCAGGCCUUCCUCGAGCUACACUUACUGUCACGAAAACAUGUCGUACACACACUGCUGUUUGAGAAUCCCUGGCGGCUGCCGUUUGGCUGGGAGAAAUUGCAGGAUGAUCAAGUACUAAGGUCAGAGGCAUGGGAAGAAGAGAAGGAAAGAAGACCAACAGAGAUCGUUCUGAAGGUUCUUGAUAUUCCAUUCUCAGUAUAUGGUAGGAUCACCCGUCCUACUUUUGGAGACGUACUCAAUGGACUUGAACAGCAGCACAGUGUCUUAGAGAAUGAAGUUCCACCGUGUCAAACGUAUAGCAAACUCCAGCAAAAUGAACCAUUUCCUCUACUUGGCAUGCAGUUCGUGGUCAUGUACGAUUUGUUUGACAAAAGACCCGAUUCCCCAGAAGCAGGAUUUCUGUGUUUGCUCUGUGAGAGGAGACUGUCAAAUGAUGAAUGCCAUGACCAUGUGUUCAGCCGUGAACACGUUGCAAAAUUUCUGGAUGCUUUCCACCCAGGCUCACUAACAACCAAAACUGAUGCAGAGACCUUACUGGACUUGGCAAAACAGGCAGCAAAAAUACAGAGAAAUUCACACAUACAGGUAGUGUAUUUGCACCGUCCCAUCGAGGAGCCAUGCAGCUACAUGAGAGCAACACAUAUUUUGACAUCUGUGGUGAGGAAAUAUAGGAAAAGAAACCUUAAACCCCAAAUUAGACCUGAAAGAAAACUGGCUCCCAGGGUAACUGUAAAAGUUGAGCAAGAUGUGAGAGAUGAUCAGAAAAACAGCAGCACCAAUACAGUCGGUGUGAAAAAUAUCAAAAAAGAGAUGCCUUUGCCAAGUAAAGACUCAGAGUCCCAAAGUAAGGUGGUUUCACAAACAGAGAAGAUGAAGAGCACAGGAGAUGCAUGUGGGGCAAUAAAGCAGGAGCCAGAAGAGGCUAAGACAAAAGAACCAACAGGGGAGGAAAAAAGCUGCCACAAUGCAAGCAAAGACAAUGGAGCAGAGGCUGGAAUAGAUAAGAGCACAAGUAGCAAAUAUGUCCCAGCACAGUUGAAGAAUUACAAAGAAAAGGAAAGAAAAAGGCCGCACAGUGUGUCUGAAACAUCACAAGAGGACCCGUGUUCUACUGGGGAUGCAGGGAAAGAAAUGGGAGAAAGCUGCCCUAAAAGACAGCGUCUGAACUCCAGAGAAGACUCUUGUGAAGAAGCCUCCAAAAUGACCGGUAUUAAAAUAAAGGAGGAGAAAAUGGAUAAAGCCUAUGAAGCAGCAAUGGACAAAGGUUUAAGUGCCCUGCUCAAAUGCUGCUGUCAUCCACAUGAGCCAGUCUACCUCUGCGAGUCCUGCUCUUUGAAAAUCUCAGAGAAAGACAUCGUCAGCCAUCUGACGGGAUUUGACUGUCACAAGGUGCAUCUGGUGGAUGUUCAUGUGAAUGAAGACGUUUACAACAGCAUAUCAAAACAAAGCUUUCAGUCAGCCAUACAGGCAGUGAGGGCAUUUCAGACUCAGCAGGACGGUGGGUGUGAACUCCCUUCGUCCUCAGCUUCACCGUGCAUGAAAACUGCGGGCAUCUCAAUUGACAGACGUGACUAUACAAAGGGCAGCAUGACGGUAAAUCAAGUAGUGAAGAAGGAGAUUGAUGAUCCAGGAGAGUCAGCAGUAAUUACAGCCACCUCCAAAAUAACUCAAGUUCUCCCGCCAUCAAAUGAAGAGGACACACAGAGCGACAAAGUGCCCAAGCCAGCUAACAAAUCUGUAACUUGUCCAACUAUUCCCAGAAGAAGUGGAGAAACGUUAAGUCUGCAUGUGUCGAGUGCAAGUGGGACAAACACCCACUCCAAAGCCGGUAUUACUCCAAACACAAGUGUGAAAUCAACAAAAAUAGAAGGCAGUUCAAACGUGGAAGACGUAAAAAUGGUUACUACUUCCUACACUGCAACCACCACCAAACAUACCCCAGCUUCUUCCCAACGGCCAGGGACUAGCUCUAAGGCGUCUGUGUCAACCACAAAGCCAACUGCAGAAUCUGCGGUGGUGUGCAGAACUGGAGUUGCAUUGAGAGCAGCAGGCGGUUCUUUAAACAAUGCGCCUCCCCGGCAGACAGAAUCCAGAGUGGUGCAAGAGGCUAGUUGCAAAACUGCACCUUCCUCCAAAAGUGAAAAUGUGCCUAAACCUCUACCACAUAAGUCAAAAACCAAAGCCUCACCUCAAAUCCCAUCUGUGAUCGCCGCUAAAAAGCCUAAAACCAGAGUUAUAUCUGAAAAUGUGGAAACUUCUGCUAAGACCGUUCAUGUGACGAAAAGUACAAAACCUGCUGCUGCUCCUCAUCAGGCCACGGGCACAGCUGUCAGGCCUGAAUACAAGAAGCCGCCUCCAGAGCCAUCACAAACCUCCACGAGUAAGACGAAGCCAAGUGAAGGCCUUCCUAAAGUAGGCUUAAAUGAGCUGAUUGUAAUACUAUGUGAGGAGAAGCAGCAAGUCUACUGUAAGCUGUGUUCAGUGAAACUAACUAACUCCAGUGACUAUCACCUGGUCAGCUUAGACCACUGGAAAAAAUAUGUGAAAAUGAAGUUCCCUGAAUGGACCGCAAAGCCAUCAGAGAUGGAGAAAAAACUGAACGAGAUAGCGACUCCCUUGGCGGAGGCUGAGAAAAAACUAGGACCUCGCAGACCUCAGAUUGUGAAAGUGAAGAAGGACGUGUAUGAAAAGCUGGCUCAUCUUCCAGAGGAUGAAGCUGUCAGAUUUGUGAAGGCAAUAAGUCAGAGCAAUUUGCAGGUCUCAUCGGCCUCCCUGGCUGAUGCUGCCUCUGCCAGUCCAUGUGACGUUUCAAGCUCAGAUGAUGGGAUAAAUGUGCAACAUAAUGAAAGUCACAAGACACAAUCUGAUGACCUGAUUGAAGAUGAGCUUCAAGUUGAGGAAAUUGCAGAAACGGUCUCACUAACUAAUUUUGAGCAAGAUGUAAAGGUUCAGGCUCACACUGAAGUUAUGCCUGCACUUCAGAGUUCUGUCACCAUGGACAAACCUUGCAUUUUGGCAGAGCUUCCUGACGCCAACUCAGACACGGACACAUUUGCCAAAUUCCCUGAUAGAGACACUUUUGACCGCAAACCAAAACGGCGGAAGAGUGAAAAAUUUCAGGACCCACAGAACGUGCCAGGAGGCACACAGAAAGCCACGCCUGUACAAUUCAGCUGCUCAGAGCCACUCUCUGUAGCUGCUGCAGGGCCCUCAGAAAGGCAGAACCAGCUGAAACCCAGUCAGAGGAUGGAACACAUGCCUAAACGCUACCCAGGACCCGAAGAGCACAGUGCAUCACGGACAAUCUUCAAAGCUCCAACAGGGAGAAGAAUUCGGGGCUCCGGUUCUGACAGUAAUUUGUCCAUAUUCUUGAAAAUGAAGGGACUGGAUACUGAACCAAUCAUUGGUCAGGAUUGUGUGUUGGAGUGCCGCGGGAUUGCUUUGGAAACAUUUUUCUUAUGUGUAUGCUGCGAGAAGAUGAUCUCUCACCGUGACAUCUGUCAGCACAUAGUCAGCUUCGAACACCAGUUGGAAUACGUGCGGCGAGAAUACCCUCAAUUCCUGAAUAAGUUCUGGGAAGACAAAGACCUGUCUUUUGAGAAGAAACUGGAACUUUUAAAGAAAGUUUCCUGGAUGCUCUCAGAGCGGGAGCAAGCUCGUAGUCCAGAGGUUAUAACGCUGCGAAAGGAGAUGCACGAAUGGGUUCGGAUGGCUCCAUUCAGUGAAGCUUUAGAAAAAUUGCAGAAUUUCACAAAUGCAGACGCAUCAAAAAAAGAGGAAAUGAUGCAAGACAUCAAGAGCGGCCACAAGCACGGCGUCUUUGUUCCACAACAAAACAGCCAGCAUCCUGAUGAGGGGCCAGUUCCAAAAGAGUCUCUCCCUGCAGAAAUGCCAUCAGCUCAAAGACUUGAGAGAUACCAGAGAAGGGACAAUGAAGCCAGACAGACACAGGAGCCUCAGUUAGAGAAGACUGCAACUGUUAGCGGCUUGGAUGGGUUCAAAGAAAGACUUGUGAGUCCUCUUGAUGUGAGCUGUUCCAACCCAAAGGAUGAUUUUGUUGUCUCGCCACUGGCCCAUCAUUUCUCAUGUUGCAGCCCUCAAGAGACCUGCAGUAAACCUCCCAUACAACCGCAAUUCACACCACCAGUCUCUGAGUAUCAGUGGCCUGUCCUCAGCUUGCAUGUGAAACAGGAAGCGGAGCAUUCAGAAUCCCCAUGUUCUUCUACUGCUAAUCCUAAUGUUAGCCAAACGUUGUCAGUGCCUUCCAGAGAUAAUUGUCUUCCAUCCAGAAAAAGGCCGGCUGAUAGAUCUGUUAAAACACUACUCAGAUCCUGCACCAGUAACCCACUUGAAGAUCCUUUGCCAGCCAAAAGUACAAGCAACCAACAGCAGCCUGUAAAUGAUCCCACCUCUGGAUCAGUCUCUCAGUCAGCUUCUGUAAACUCUGCUGCAGCCUUGAUCCCCCUAUCACAUGAUGACAAAGACACAAGAUCUAUUUCUGGUGGAGAAGACAAAUCUGCUGUGGACUGGGGACUCUUUGCACACCUAAUUUCUAGGGUGAGAGGUUCCAAAUCUCAAGUUGCAGAUAAUGUUGAGACUUUUGGCUCCUGUGCUGCCAGUUCAUCUCAAAGUGUGGAAACGGGAUGGGAUUCACAUUGUGUGAUGGCUAAAUCUGAAUUGCCAGUAAAUAAAACAAGAUUGGAUUCAAAGUGUCAGCCGGUUAAAGCUGGAUUGAAGAAAACUCCAUCUUCCAGUAGCUUAUUUGAAAGCGUACCUUUCCCAGGAAAGCAUACUGACACAGGCAUUGAGAGCCAACCUGUCAGCCCGAGUGGAAGCUCGGCCAACAUUUUGUGUUCCCCUGACCAAUCUUCAGGAAAUCCAACUGAAGUCGAAGCUACCUCUGCUGUGAGUCCUACUGCCACCACUGCUGAACCCCGAGACCCACAACACCCUCAAAGUGUCCCUAAUCCAAAUCUCUUUGAAACUAUGGGGCACUUCAGUCCUAGCUGCUAUGCAGACACCAGCCAUAACACAGGACGGAUACUACUGCCACAAGCUGACUCAGAGACUGAUAGCACUGGAGUUGGCCAGUUGCCCAUCAGUACCAUUGUAACCAACAGGUCGACACAAAUGUUUAUGGGAAGUUAUCAAGAACAGCGCCACACUGAGGUGAACAGAGACCAUCAGGACAGUUUCCCCACAGUUCCCACAGCCAACCCCGCUGAGUUUCUGGUGCCUUCAGGAGGGUACGAGCUCUACGGCCAAAUGCCUUACGUUGCAAGUGGACAUCCAGGUUAUCCACCAUCUGAGGUAAUUUUAAAUUACACAACAGCAGACAACCCUCAUGUUUAUACUGGGACUUUAAGUCCAAGUGAAGCAUACAGCACAGAGACAAUCUACCCAGCCACCCACCUGGCUGUCAGCCAUUCAAGUUGGCAGUUUUUUGGGCAAGCUGCAUUGCCUCCAGGAUGGGUGAGUGUGAACAUGAUGCAGUACUACCCAUCGAUGAUGAGGAGAUAAGGCACCAGUGAUUGCUGUGUGGGGUUUUUUUGUUUUGUUUUUGUUUUGUCAUUUAAAUUCUGUCAUACUUUUGAAUUUGAAUACAUUUUCAUGGCAGAUAUUAAAUUAGUUUUAUUCUUGACAUUGACAGUUCAACAUAAAUGUAGCCCUCUUGUAUUUUUUAUUUUUUCCUGUUUUUUGCUGUUUACGCAUUAUCUUACACUUCAGGGUUGGGGAGAAAAGCUGUCAUUAGCAUUAGGGGAAAACCUUUCACUACCUUAUUCUACAUAUUUGUCUCUCACGUCCAUUCCUGUACAAUACGUGUUCUGCUUACAGUUAAGGAGCUGGAUUCAAUCUGUUAAACCCCUUGGAAGUAGCCUUUAAAAAAAACCC